GCUGCGAACUCUCACGGUAAGUAUAUGCUUUUAUCUGAACGCCCUUGUCUUGGAAGGGCAGGGUGGAGGUAAACUUGGGGCUCAGAUUCCCCUUUAACCACCCCCCAACUUCCCCUGCAGACUGCCAAGAAGGUACUGAGACCUGAGAAUUCAGUGCUCCUGCUGGAGCACCCUAAGCUGCACCCAGCUGGCCCAACCCGAGGUUUUGGAUGGCUGCCCAGGCAUGGAAGACACACCCAGACUGUGGGGAUUGGCUGUCUCAGCCCAUCCCAGCCCAGCCCAGCCUCCUAAGGCCUUCCCUAGGUCAGGGACCAGGGCCAAAGACCUCCCAGCAGAAGCGGAGAGCAGUUUCUGUGGGACAGGCUGUUCCCGACAAAAGGAUGUCACUGCUGAGCCUGCCCUGGCUGGGCCUGGGACCGGUGGCAACGUCCCCAGGGCUGCUCCUGAUGCUGGUUGUGGGCUCCUGGCUCCUUGCCCGCGUCCUGGCCUGGACCUACGCCUUCUAUGACAACUGCCGCCGGCUUCAGUGCUUCCCGCAGCCCCCAAAACGGCACUGGUUUUGGGGCCACCUGGGCCUGAUCACUCCUACAGAGGAGGGCUUGAAGAACUUGACCCAGAUAUCGGCCACCUAUUCCCAGGGGUUUAUGACAUGGAUGGGUCCCAUCAUCCCCUUCAUCGUUUUAUGCCACCCUGACACCAUUCGGUCUAUCACCAAUGCCUCAGCUGCCAUUGCACCCAAGGAUGAUCUCUCCAUCAGGUUUCUGAAGCCCUGGCUGGGAGAAGGGAUAGUGCUGAGUGGCGGUGACAAAUGGAGCCACCACCGUCGGAUGCUGACACCCGCCUUCCAUUUCAACAUCCUGAAGCCCUAUAUAAAGAUCUUCAACAAGAGUGCGACCAUUAUGCUUGACAAGUGGCAGCACCUGGCCUCAGAGGGCAGCAGUCGUCUGGACAUGUUUGAGCACAUCAGCCUGAUGACCUUGGACAGUCUGCAGAAAUGCAUCUUCAGCUUUGACAGCCAUUGUCAGGAGAGGCCCAGUGAAUAUAUUGCCACCAUCUUGGAGCUCAGUGCCCUUGUAGAUAAAAGAAGCCAGCAUAUCCUCCAGUACAUGGACUUUGUGUAUUACCUCACCCAAGACGGGCGGCGCUUCCGCAGGGCGUGCCGCCUGGUGCACGACUUCACAGACGCCGUCAUCCAGGAGCGGCGCCGCACCCUCCCCACUCAAGGUAUUGAUGAUUUCCUCAAGGACAAAGCCAAGUCCAAGACUCUGGAUUUCAUUGAUGUGCUUCUGCUGAGCAAGGAUGAAGAUGGAAAGGCGUUGUCAGAUGAGGAUAUAAGAGCAGAGGCUGACACCUUCAUGUUUGCAGGCCAUGACACCACGGCCAGUGGUCUCUCCUGGGUCCUGUACAACCUUGCGAGGCACCCAGAAUACCAGGAGCGCUGCCGACAGGAGGUGCAAGAGCUUCUGAAGGAUCGCGAUCCUAAAGAGAUUGAAUGGGACGACCUGGCCCAGCUGCCCUUCCUGACCAUGUGCCUGAAGGAGAGCCUGCGGUUACAUCCCCCAGCUCCCUUCAUUUCCCGACGCUGCGCGCAGGACGUUGUUCUCCCGGAUGGCCGAGUCAUCCCAAAAGGCAAUAUCUGCGUCAUCAAUAUUAUAGCGCUCCAUCACAACCCAACCGUGUGGCCGGAUCCUGAGGUCUAUGAUCCCUUCCGCUUCGACCCAGAGAAGAGCAAGGAGAGGUCACCUUUGGCUUUUAUUCCCUUCUCUGCAGGGCCCAGGAACUGCAUCGGACAGGCGUUCGCCAUGGCGGAGAUGAAGACUGUCCUGGCGCUGAUGCUGCUGCACUUCCGGUUCCUGCCGGACCACACUGAGCCCCGCCGGAAGCCGGAGCUGAUCCUGCGCGCCGAGGGCGGGCUUUGGCUGCGGGUGGAGCCCCUGAACACAGGCUUGCAGUGACUCUCUGAUCCAUCCACCUCAUUUUGCAGAUUCUCAUGAAUAAAACGGUGCUGUCA